UGACAAUUUGCUGUUACUUCCUGUUAUUGUUACUUCCUUGAUGCUGUGCUGACUUUAAAGAUAUCGAUCGAACGGCGUGGGUGCUACACAUUUCCACCGAGCUGGCGAGGUGAAACGCCAUAACUCGCAUACAUUGACUAAACGACAUCAGUGAAAAACAUAUUCCUCCUGAGCAGCAGGAGUAUACCUCCAGGAUGAAGCAGGAGGAGCCAUUGCCCCCUCACAUCAAAGAGGAAGAGGAGGAGCCACAGUUACCCUGCAUUAAAGAGGAAGAGGAGGAGCAACUGCUCCUCUGCUUUAAUAGGGAAGAAAAUGAGCUACAGCCCCCCAUUAUUAAAGAGGAAGAGGAGGAGCCGAUGCCCCCCAACAUCAAAGAGGAAGAGGCUCACAGCAUCAGUCUAGGAGAGCAUGUUAAAGAGUUAGGGGAGUUCCCAGAGAUUGUUGUCAUUGUGAAGAGUGAAUAUGAUGAGGUCAAAGGUGAAAGUGAAGAGAAGAGAAAGGUGGAGCCUCCAAGCAGCAGCUCAACUCAACUCAUGACAAUGGAAGCUGAUGUAGAACACCGUGGAGGAUCACAAACAGACAACCUCUUGGCUCCGCUAUCAGAGAGCGAUGACACAACAUCAGACUCUUCUGACACUGAUGAUAAAGACUAUAACGUUGGUAUGACAUGUCACUCUGACAACAUGCACUUUAAAUGCUCUCACUGUGACAAAACCUUUAAUAGCUGUAGUAGACGGAUAAUACACAUGAGAAUACACACUGGAGAGAAACCAUUCAUAUGCUCAGUUUGUGGUAAACGUUUUACUCAGAAAGGACAUUUGACAACACACACAAGAAUACACACUGGAGAGAAAUUGUUUACGUGUUCAGUGUGUGGAAAAUAUUUUGGACAAAAGGGUAAUUUGAAUGAACACAUGAGAAUACACACAGGACAGAAACCAUUCUUAUGCUCAGUUUGUGGUAAAAGUUUCACUCAGAGUAGAACUUUCACAAAACACAUGAGAAGACACACUGGAGAAAAACCUUUUUCAUGUACAAGCUGCAACAAAAGAUUCAGUGAGCAAACAAACCUUGUAUCACACAUGACAAUACACACUGGAGCAAAACUGUUCACCUGUUCAGUGUGUAGUAAAGGUUUUGUACAAAAAGUAAAUUUGAAAGAACACAUGAGAAUACACAUUGGAAAGAAACAAUUCAAAUGCUCAGUUUGUGGCAAAGGUUUUAUUCAGAAAAGAUAUUUGAUCAAACACAUGAGAACGCACACUGGUGAGAGACCGUUCAUAUGCUCAGUUUGUGGUAAAAGUUUCACUCAGAAAGGACAUUUGACAACACAUAUAAAAAUACACACUGGAGAGAAACGGUUUAUUUGUUCAGUGUGUCGUAAAGUUUUUGGACAAAAAGGUAAUUUGAAAAAACACAUGAGAACACACACAGGCGAGAAGCCGUUCACAUGCCAAGUUUGUGGCAAAAGUUUCAAUCAGAAAAGAUAUUUGGCAAAACACAUGAGAAUACACACUCGUGAAAGACCUAUUUCAUGUUCAAGCUGCAACAAAAGCUUUAAUGAAUGAAUAAACAUUGUAAGACACACACGAACACACUGGUGAGAUACAAUACUCAACUCAGUUUGUAGUAAAAGAUUCACUGAAUGAAUAAACAUUGUAAGACACACACGAACACACUGGUGAGAUACAAUACUCAACUCAGUUUGUAGUAAAAGAUUCACUUAGAAAGGAAAUUUGACAACACAUUAGAACACACACUGUAGAGACAGCGUUAAGUUGCAAAUACUUUAAAGACUCUUUAUUGUCAAUUCCUCCAAUUGUGCAAGACAUAAGGAAAAAUGAAAUACAGUUUCUCUUUCGCAUAAAAUCUCCCAGUGUGGAACCGUAAAAUAUGUGUCUUUUAACCAAUAUUUAACAAAAAUAACACUAUUUAUAAGACAAAGUGUGCUGGUAAGAACAUCAGCAGUCAGUGAAGUUUACAUAAAAUAAAAGUAAACAGUGAAGAUUUAGUGGUAGUGUUAUUGUUAGUAACUAGUUAGUAGUUACCGCAGUGUUAAUUACUGUUAACCCUAUGUUGGUGGAUUUGUGUCUUUACUAAAACAUGUUUUUCUGACACUGGCACUUGUGUAACUAAAUGUUUUGCAUUUUAAGCUUGUAAACUGAAUUUCUUUACAUCAAAUUAUGCUGAUAAUUUCAUUAAAUAAAAAAUUGUGAGCAAAAUUUAAUUUUAAAAAUUCUGUUUGAUAAAACAGUGUUUUAAAAAUUAUGUGUAAAAAACAUCUGUGUGUAAAAAUUCAGUGCAGAAAUAUUCCUUGCUUCAAAACUAAAGACCCACUUUUGGUACAUCAAGACUGACACAAGCGAUCCUGUCUCAGAACCAGCCAAUGAGGUGUCACGUUUGCAGUCAUGUGACUAAGGUCUUACAAAGAGGCAGGUUACUUGCACUACUGCUACAUGUAAUCUACUGAAUGUGCUUUCAUCCCUUUUUAUGAAAACUUUAAACAGUGGAGGUUGCUGUGCAUUAGUGAAAAAAUCAGUGUAAAAAUGCAAUAAACCAAAUUAUUUGAGAAAUCAGACUAAUUUAGUGCAUGGAAAUGUAGUGAAUGUGUUAAACACAAGCUUAUUUUUUAAUUUGCAAUGUUGUUUUUUGUUUGAUUUUUUUUACAUUAAAUGACUAUUGUUAUUUUCAUUUGUGUUGACUUGAAGUCAACUUCAGCAGACACAGUGUAACUGAAGGGUGUAAUGGCACCUCCAAACCUGAGGGAGGCAGUAAUAUCGUAGAUUUCAGCUUCAAUUCGCCAUGAAGAAGGUCAAUCUAGCAACAUGUGUGUCAAACUUGUGGUCCCUGAGGGCCACAUCGCAGUUAUGGCUGCCCUCAGAGCAUACUUGCCAACCCUCCCAAAUUUUCCGGGAGACUCCCGAAUUUCAGUACCUCUCCCGAAAAUCUCCCGGGACAACCAUUCUCCCGAAUUUCUCCCGAUUUCCAGCCGGACUUAAGGCACGCCCCCUCCAGGUCCGUGCGGACCUGAGUGAGGACAGCCUGUCGUCACGUCCGCUUGGCCAACCAAAAAAUAACCACAGAACACUGUACCGUAUAGUGUUCUGUGGUUACUUUUUGGUUGGCCAACAGUUUACGUUGCAUUGCGCACCCUGACGGCAAGUG